ACUAUAUCACAAUGUUCUAGAAUUUACAUCAUUAACCAUUUAGAAAGUGUAAAACAAAGCAGUUUUUCACCUUCCCACCAAACCCUAGACCUUUUGAAGGUUGGGGUUUGAGAGAUUCGCCAAUCUUACAAGAUUCAUAUAUUCGAUGAAUUAAAGUACGACAAGAUAUGUUAUAACUGGAAGUAUGUCAAGAUUGAAGAUACCAUCAAAUAUAUUCUUUACCAAAAAUAUAAAAUCUGGUGCUGUAAGACUAGGGAAGGAAGUAGAAAUUGGAAAAAAAUUUAAAACCAAGUCGAAGAUUUCUCGGACAUUAUAUUUCACAGGGAACAUAUCUAGUCCGUGGACUUAAAAGGAGCAAUUUGGUGGAUUAGUUUAUAUACACAGCUUAGCAUUGGUCAACAUUCACCUUCAACUCGGAUGGACUACUCUAAAUAUGAUAGUUGCAAAAACAAAAGGCUCGUGGAAUAUUGUGGAGAUAUGUGCAUUGUUCAUAAACUUACCGUAAGUCAUGAAAAUUAUAACGAGAGAACCGUCGGUUUAAAACUUUUUAAGAUGUACGAGGAUUUGGUAAAAUGGGUUGAGGUUAGUUCCUUGGGAGACAACGCACUCAUUGUGGCUUGGACGGUCGUAGCAUGCGACUAUUAUGGAUGUUUGAAGAACUCUAUCUACUUCUCUUAUCUUGAUAAAGUGAACAGCGAAAUUGUUAAAGUUUUGAAGCUUAAUGAUGGUAUAGUUUCAUCGAGAACAGAUACUUCUUCUCAAAGUUGUUUUGACAUGUUCUCUCCUCCCUUCCUCUGA